AGGGAGGAGCUGUGAAACUUCAGGCGGUACAUUCCUGCUGCUGUUGCCAUCAGCAGCAGUUGUUUUAAAAACAGCUUCGACCAAAAUUAAGUGGGAGCAGAAAACAUAUCAUACCCGCCGCUGUAGAACAGUUUUGGGGACGUUGAGUCAAAUUACUUUUCAUAACAAUGCGAAGCUGGAAGAAUCACGUGCGCGCUGGACUGCAACACAGAGACCAAACUGAGAAGUUCCCAUACGCUGGCGUCUUCACAAGCUUGUCCAAGCUGGAGGAACGUUUUGAAAUCCGCUCACAAAUUUUGGAUGAUGUUCAGUCUAAGAGUUUAGAGCGAGGUGGAGUUCAGGUUGGGAAGAACAGCAGGCUCCUUCAACUGCAACUGAGAGAAAGUGAACACCUGGCAGAAAAGCGGUCUCAGACUGUCUCUGAUCUGACCACCGUCCUGUAUUUGAAAGAGGCUGAGCUGCAGUUCUUGCAGUCACGUGUGUCUCAUUACCGUCAAGAGGCUCUCACUCUUGCCAAAGCAAGUAACACCCUGAAGGCCACCCUUUCAGAAUUUGAGUUCACCAUCGAGUGUCAGGCCAAAGAGUUGGCAGCGCUACGUGCGGAGCAGAAAGGACUAAAUGAGGCGUUGGCGCAGGCUUGCAGAGAGAAAGAAGAACUCAUGCAACGAUGGAUGGAAGAGAAGAGGGAGGAGGCAGACAGGCUGAAUAAGCAUAACGCCACAGUGGAAAGGUGGCAAGGUUUGGCCAAACAGCUGAAGAAGCACCUCCGUAGGGAGAUGAGAAAAGAGUAUGUUCCCAUAGUGACAAGCUCUUGUAGCAGCGAAACAGAAACGCCUACAUCAGUCACUCAGAAUCUACAGCAGGGACACUCAGACCUCAACUGUGUCUCAGCUGUGGCAAAAAUCUACUAAUGCCAGUGGGAUCCUGGAGCAACAGUUCUCUGCACAAGAUGACCACCCGUCUACAUUUUUCCAUUUGCUUGUAGUUGGAAAAAUAAUAUGAGUCCAUAUGCGAUGGCAGAAAGAUGGCCAUCAAGCAAACACUUGCAACUAAGCUGCGUUUAGUUACUGAUUUUUUUAUUUAUUUUUUUAAAUUACUUACAAAUUGAUUUCAGUAUUCUCUGAUUAUUUGCUGCCUCAAUUUAAGUCACCUUUUCCCCAAGUAAUUUAAAUCACACUUCAGUUGACUUAUUAUGUUUUGUCCUGAUUGACACACCUCACCAAUUAAAAAACAAAAAAUCUUUCCAGUUGUAUAACUUGAUAAACUAUGCAAAUAACCUCUUCUCAUGUAGUUCACAUCAUUUAAAUAAUUUGCAGGAGCUGGUGUUGUAAAGUCAGGUCUUGGUGUUAGUGACCAUGGGCCUAUUUCCCUUUGUUUAUAACUGUUUAUUUGCACAGAAAAUCAUGUAAAUCAUUUUUAAUUUCCUAUGACCAAAAGUGUAUUUGAAAGUAAAUGCAUAAUCCAGGAUUUUUAAAGCCAAUUAAAAAAACAAACAAAAAAACAAACAAAAAAACAAAACAUGUUUUAAAAGUACCUUUAAAUAAAAAUCAUAUCCUAAUGAAGCUGAAAAAAGAUCUCUUAGAUUCAUAUAUGUAAUUGUAUUGUCAUUUUUCUAUGUCCUGUGUUGUGAAAAAUAAAAUCACUGAUAAUGAUGCUAA